GCAGAGAAGAGGAAGGAUCACUCUCUAAAAAAGAAACCCUAAUAGAAGAACCAGUCAUGGGAGAUCAGAGUCAGAAUCUUGCAGAAGCUAUGAAGUUGCUUGCCGCGCAGAUGGCACAGAUGGGAGCCUUGCUUCAGGCCCAACAGGACGCUACCAAAGGUCGGCUGGUUGAGACGAAUCAGCGGCUGGAUACCCUAAUCACUAGGUUGGAGAUGCAACCGAUGGGUAAUCCACUACCACCAGAGAAUCCAGCAGUUGUCGUAACUCAGACUGGAGCUUUGAACGGAGAGGGUCCAAGAGCAAAUCAAGUGUAUCAAGACUUUUCUGAGACCCCAGAUUGGCAGGUGCAGAGGCGCCAAUACACGGAGCAACAUCGUCAGGUAAUUCCGCAUAAUAGACCUCCAUUUUAUGGCUAUGAUAAUGAUGAUUAUGAGUAUGGAAGAAGACCACCGGAAGCAGGAGGUUAUGGCAUUGAACCAAUUCGAGGGAUUAAGCUCUCAAUCCCAUCGUUUCAAGGCACUAAUAAUGCAUCAGCUUACCUCGACUGGGAGAGGACGAUGAUUAUGUUUUUCCAGCUGAGGUCCGAGAAGAUCAACAACAAUUGGCAAUGAGUUGGGCCAUGGAGAAAGGAUGUGAUCCUCCAGAGCGAUCCAAAACUCCUCAUUGGAGUCACCAUAAUUGGAGUCCAAGAAGAAGGGCCCAACUCAGCCGAAGGAAGAAAGGAAUUACUUGAGAACUAAGUCAUUGCCUUUGGGCGGAUUCUUGGAAGAUCCUUGCUUCAUUUCCUUUCCCUUUUAGGCGGAUUCUUGCUUUAUUUCCUUUCCCUUUUGGGUAGAUUAUUAAUUUAUUUUCUUUCCCUUUUGGUAUUUGAAUUCCUUAAUUGAUAGGCGAGGACUUUUAGCUUUAAUUAAGGGUAGAUACAUUA